ACGUGACUUGUUUGCGACACAGCCUUAAUUUGGAUUUUGUUCAAUUGAUGCACACUGCGGUACUAUAAAUGAACGCGUUCCCAAAAAUCAUGGAGGAAAAAAAUAUUCAAAGCCUUUUUUAAUACUAUUCUAAUUCUUGUUCAACAUGUCCGAUUUAAGCAGAAUAUAUUCUGCUGUAUACUCUGGUGUACCUGUAUUUGAAAUGGUUGUUAAUGACGUUGCUGUGAUGCGCCGAAGAACAGAUUCAUACAUGAAUGCAACACAAAUUUUAAAAGUAGCAAAUAUUGAGAAAGGAAAACGUACAAAGAUCCUUGAAAAGGAAGUUCUCAUUGGCGAGCAUGAAAAGGUUCAAGGAGGAUAUGGAAAAUAUCAGGGAACUUGGAUUCCUUUUGAUAAAAGUAAAGAGCUAGCUGACAGAUACGGAGUGCUUGGCGAUUUAAGUCCAUUAUUCAAUUUCGAAUUAGAUGCUUUGGGCACCGAAGACGGAGAGGACUGUUCGCUACUAACAAAAGAACAAGCCAUUGCUGAAAGAAGAAAGCUAAACACAGAGAAUUUGCAACAUACACACCCACAGCCAAAAGCUCCCCAAAAAUAUAAACAGAAAGCACAACACAAUUUAAAACUUCAUGCUCUGUCUCCUAUCGGGCCUGCAGAGCUUUCACAACCACGUAAAAAGGCAAAAGUAGCUGCUUUAGAAGAAAUAAAUGAAGACACUGCAGCUGCCGACGAACGUGACCGAAGUAUUCUCAUGUCUAUAUUUUUGUCAGAUAAGCCGGAACAUAUACCUGAUUUACUCAAAAAUACCCAAGGAAAAUCAGGUUUUAAUAUUGAUAUGGUGAUUGAUGAACAAGGCCACACUGCGCUUCAUUGGGCCACAGCGUUGGCUAGAGCAAAAACUGUUGAACUACUUGUUUCAAGAGGGGCCAACAUUGCUUGCACGAGCUAUACAGGGGAGACUCCGUUAAUGCGUGGUGUCAUGGUGACAAAUAGUUAUGAAAAUAAUAGUUUUGAAAAAACUUUUGAACUAUUGAAGGAAUCUAUUCAAAUUGUAGAUAACAAAAAGAGAAGUGUCUUUCACCACGCUGCUUUGACGGCUGGUAUCCAAGGUCGUACACAUGCAGCCGUGUAUUAUAUGAAGACUUUAGUAAAAGCCAUCAGUAAAGAGAAUGAUGACACAGAAUCAAUUAUUAAUGCUCAGGACUCUCUUGGGGAUACUGCCCUUAAUAUUGCCGCUAGAUUGCAUUGUCAACCUCUUGUGGAUAUUCUACUCAAAGCUGGUGCAACACAAUCGGCCGAAAACAAUAAUGGGUUGCAAAUGAGAGACUACAACGACGGGGAUACAUAUAUGGAAGAGGCAUCUGGAUCUCAACGCGCGUAUCCCACUUCAUCUUUAUAUUCUAAAAGACCUUACGCCCCUAGUCAAAGAGGAAAAGAGAUUGUAGCGACUGUGCAAAAAAUUGUCGAUGCAUUAGAUGAUGAAUACGGGGGACAAUUAACGAUAAAGGAACAAGAGCUUCAGAGUGUACAAGAAAGUUUGGAUGCUGUUACGCAGGAAUUGGAAACGACAAGGAAAGGUUUAGAGGAACGUCAAGCCCAGUCACAAAAAUUAUCUGAGGCUCAACAAAAGACCAAAAACAUAGAGAAUGCUCUUCAAAUUGGAUGGAGUCGUCUUGAGAGUGUCAUGAAGCAGGCGGAUAAACCCAUGCCCAGCCUUCAUGAAAUCGAAAGUAUGAGUGAAAGUGAAGAUAUCGAUGCCAUGUUCGACGCUCCUGAGCUCGUCUUUUCAGAAAAUGCAACAGAAGAAGAGAAAAAGCAGCAGUUGGAAGCUUAUGUGAAAGAUAUUCAGGCCAAGGUCAAAGCAUACACUGCCAAUGAUCAGGAACUUUUGAAUGAAAUUAAAGAUUUGGAAGACCAGUUUGUUGAAAAGGAAAUGCAAUGCAAACGUUUGAUAGCUGCUUGCUGUAACUUACCGAUUGAAAAGAUUGAUGAUCUAGUCGAACCUCUUACAUUGGCCAUCGAGAGUGAUCCACCAGAUCUUGAUCUUGCUCGGGUCAUUGGCUUUAUGGAUAAAAUCAGACGCCAGGGUGCCUUUACGGAGCCCUCAUCGAGUAUCACGUCUUUAAAUAUACCCGAUUCACCACAUAUAUCCAUGUCACACGAUCAUGAUACUAUCAUGGAUGAUGUACACAACCCUGUUUCUCCAGCAUAUAGAGACGAUUCACAUACACCAAAUGCAUCCCGCAUUGUAAUGAACUCGCCUAGCUACCAUGACCAACCUGUGGCUCAUAAUACAGCUGGUACCUCCUACACAAAGUCCAGCGAUAAAAGUGCUUUUAGCCGCUUAACUGAAUCUGUUGAGCACAAGCUGGAUUACCCCUCAAAUGCAACCACUAUUAACGCAACUAAAAGUCCAGAAUCAUCGUCGCAGCUGCCACCACAGUUAGAAAAACCAGAGUCAUCAACAAAUAAGGAUGUCGAGAUGAACUAUUAGUAAACAAUAAUGGUUCUCAUUUUGUCGAUAAUCAUAAAUAAAUAAAAAAAAAAAUCUAUUUAUCAGUGUAUGUAAUUGAAGUUAACCGAUAAACAUUUAAGUCCUUCCACCUUCUAAAGUAGCC